AGGGUCGGUUUCCUGCUAGGACUUGGGGGGGCUCCCUCUCCCGCCGCUCGCCAGAAGGGGCUGGAUGGUUACACCGGGCAGGCUGGCUCCAUGAUGUUAGGGACUGUGAAAAUGGAAGGGCACGAAACGAGCGAUUGGAACAGCUACUAUGCCGAUACGCAGGAGGCCUACUCGACGGUGCCCGUGAGCAACAUGAAUUCGGGCCUGGGCUCCAUGAACUCCAUGAACACCUACAUGAGCAUGAACGCCAUGACCACCAGCGGCAACAUGACGUCGGGCUCCUUCAACAUGUCCUACGCCAACCCCAGCCUGGGCGCGGGCUUGAGCCCCGGCGGGGCCACCGGGGGCGCCAUGAACAGCAUGUCGGCCAUGGGGUCGGCGUUGAGCCCCGGCGGCAUGAACGCGAUGGGCAGCCCGCAGGCGUCCCUGAACGGCCUGAGCGCCUACGGCGCCAUGGGCCCCUGCAUGAGCCCCAUGGCCUACGCGCCGGCCAACCUGAGCCGCGGCCGCGACGCCAAGGGCUUCAAGCGCAGCUACCCGCACGCCAAGCCGCCCUACUCCUACAUCUCGCUCAUCACCAUGGCCAUCCAGCAGGCGCCCAGCAAGAUGCUGACGCUCAGCGAGAUCUACCAGUGGAUCAUGGACCUCUUCCCCUACUACCGCCAGAACCAGCAGCGCUGGCAGAACUCCAUCCGCCACUCGCUCUCCUUCAACGACUGCUUCGUCAAGGUGGCCCGCUCGCCGGACAAGCCCGGCAAAGGGUCCUACUGGACGCUGCACCCGGACUCGGGCAACAUGUUCGAGAAUGGCUGCUACCUGCGCCGCCAGAAGCGCUUCAAGUGCGACAAGCAGCCAGGAGCCAAAGCCGGCCAAGGAGCGGGCGGCGGCAACUGCAGCGACGGAAGGAAAGACCAGGGAGGCGGAGGCGGCUCGCCCUUGCACCGAGGCGGUGGCCAGGGCAAAGGAGGCCAGCUCGAGGCCGCCCCGUCCAACCCCGGCGGAGCAAGCAGCCCCCAGGACCUGGACCACAAUGGGAAUGGAGCCGAGCUGAAGCCCUCCGUGGCCGCAGCGGCGGCGGCCGCAGCGGCGGCAGCGGCUGUAGCGGCCGCCUCCGUGCCCCCUGGCCCGGCCUUGGCCACCCUGGGCCACGCGGGCCACUCGCUGGGGCAUCACGAGUCGCAGCUGCACCUCAAGGGCGACCCCCACUAUUCCUUCAACCACCCCUUCUCCAUCAACAACCUCAUGUCCUCCUCGGAGCAGCAGCACAAGCUGGACUUCAAAGCCUACGAGCAAGCGCUGCAAUAUUCCUCCUACGGGGCGGGCCUGCCCGGCGGGCUGCCCCUCAGCAGCGCCUCCAUGGGCGGCAGGGGAGGCAUUGAGCCCUCGGCCCUGGAGCCUUCUUAUUACCAAGGUGUGUAUUCCAGACCGGUCCUAAAUACGUCUUAGCUGGCAGGGACUCGAGGCCCCCCGAGCUGAAGCUUCCUUCCCUGCCUUGUGGGCUCGUCCCCCGUCUCUCUCUCUCUCUCUCUCUCUCUCUCUUUCUGUCCAAAUUGGCGGUGCGUUUCCCCAACACUUUGCACCGUUCGUGCGAGGGGGGGAGCAAAAGAAGAGACUGUUACUUUAUUAUUAUUGUUGUCGUCGUUAUUCUUAUUGUAUCCCAAUGCAUUGUGUUUAUUCUGUUUUGGCCUGGAAAGUCCCGCAAGUCCCAGCUAACGCCAUGCGCGGGCGCGCGCGCGCACACACACACUGUAUAUACCGGCCCUGCCAUCACCACUGUAGACCUUGGGAAAGAAAGAAAAAGAGUUUUCGAGCUUGUAAAUUAUUGUUUUUUAUUGGUGAAUUUUCCCCACCUUUUCUUCUCGGGGGCAAUCUCGCGAGAUGUAGAGGUUUGCGGUGGGGCUUCCGCCAGGAGAGGCGUGAGGGUGCCUUCUUGGCGUGAGUCGGGCCGCUGGCCGUCCCGGCUCCUUUGACAGCAACUGAUGGCGGCUUGCUUCUCUUGAGGACACAAGACGGAGCUGCUCAAGGUUCCUUUUGCUCCUCCAUCCCAGCUACUCUCCCCCCACUUUUUUUAAGAGAUGCAAACUGGGGCCUUCUGCUUGUGGAGCCUGAACUCCACCACUGAGCGAUGGCCUUUCCAGAGAAAGUACCAAAAGGAGAGGUUUAAGUUAAAUUCAGAUGAGAAAGCUCUGGAGGGACGACGACGCAGUGCUAAAUAAACAAGCAAGGAAACCACAAGGGAGCCGUCGAACAGGGAGAGAAGUCAGGCCCGACGUGAGCCUUGGGAAAGCCCCAGUGCCAUGGCAAACGCAUCUCCCCCACGCGCCCCGGAACUGAUCUGCCAGGCUCGGAGUGGCUCCCUUGGGAGAUAUAGGUUACCCGCGCGCCUGGACAGUGAGCCAGUUCCGGACUCCUCCGGCUGUGUAAAGUGGCGUGGGUGGAGGCUGGAGGUCAGGAUGGGACCUCCGCGCCUCCAAAAUGGCCUGGGAUUGGGAUAGGAUGCAAAGCCACAGAGGUCAUGGCCAUUUAAUUCCCCCCACCAAGCUGUUACUAAGGAGUCUCCUUUCACAGGAAGCUUCCCGGCCACGUGGAUGACCGAUUAUUUAAUCCCAGAACCCUUUCCCCGGCGUGCGUUCAACAACUAUAACUAUCUGUAACAACGUUAUUAUUAUUAUUAUUAUUAUUUUACCCUCUCUUUCUCCCCCCCAUUCUAAUCUAGAAGCUAUUUUUUCUCUCCGCGCUACUCUUCCUCAGAUCAGUCUAUCCACAGCCAUUAUUGCCCCCCCAUUCCCUGUGGCCGCCUAAUGAUCGCCGUUGUUAGCACGUUCAUCCAGUGUUAAUGCACUUUCCACCGUUUUUACACGAUGUUUUAGCCUAGCCAGAUGGUUUUUCUGUUUUUGUUUUGUUAUUUUUUUUCCUGUUCGCUUUCACAAUGCCCUUAAUUUAUUUGCACGGUUUAUACUUUCUUUCUUUACAGCUUGAAAGUGCUUUAAAUGACGGUUUUAGAAUGACACGCACCAUUUUAAAGAAAAUUUAAAAGAUCUUAAUUUUAUAAUAAAUGUGAUUGUAAUUGAAAGAAAUGUUUUGAUUUUUUUUAAAUGGACAAUAUAAGUAUGUUUCCCCACCCCACACCCCUUUCUCUCUCCCUUUCGAUAAUUUGCAGUUAAGGACUUUAAAUAAAUCACAUAUUAU